CCACCGACUAAACAGUCGCACCCCGUCGUUGUGAUCGUAUUCGAGGGCACCCCCUGUCACUGGCGAGAGCCGCGACAGGGAGCGACCGAUAGAGUAUCGGACGGACGGACGGACGGACGGACGGACGGAUGGUCAGUCAGUCAGUCAGUCAGUCAGUCGGUCCACUCGGUUUAACCAGCCAGCUAAAAAGUUGAUAGCAGUCGUCGUGUGAGAGAAGCAAGUGCACCGAGGAAGGGCUGAACGAAUAUACAUAUACGUAUACAUAUAUACACACACACACACACGCGCGCGCGACAUAGAGACGUACGUACGUGCAUGUAUAUAUACGCGAGCGAACGUCGAAGAGAGGCACGAGGCUGGAGGAACGAGGCGAGGGCCAGUGGAUAAGGAAGGUGUUCGAGAGAGCACGUUGGAGGAGGAAGAAGUGACGAGGAGGAAGGAAUAUUAGGCGGUACAGUAAUACAGUAGUCGAUCUAGCGAGUAGUAGAAGAAACGGGAGUUGUUUAGUUUGAAAAGGGGCGAGGGCCGGGAAAGUGGAGGAGGGUUCUCGUGCGAGCAGGCUGGCAUGGUGGCGGUGCAUCCUACGAAGGAGCUGCCCUCGCCGUGCCGAUGACGAGGCUGCAGAUCACGCCCCAACGUGAGCAAGGAAGGACGAAGAGGAAGCGGCAGCGGGCACCGUCCACGACGACGGACACCCCGAUCAUCCGGGGAGAGGUUAACGACAGGUUACAGAUACGGAAGGCGCUGAGUGACGGAAGGCGGCGACGGAGGCGACGGCGUCGCAACAUCGACGACCGCAUCGCCGUUGUCGACGGCUGGUGUAACGAGGAACGCGAUACAGGUGCCGGUGGCGGCGGGCUAGGCGUCGACGUCCACCACGGGAUCGUCGGUCGUCCUCGGUACGGUGGUGCGUUUGGUGCGCGGUUUUGGUGAGGGUGCCGGUAAUAACAGUGGUGUAACAACGUCGGAGGUUUCUCGCGGCAGGGAGAUUACGUCGUAUUCGUGAUCGCCACGGUCUGGUGAAGCAACGGCUGCUGCAACGGGCAACAACCACCGCGCCAACAUGCCGCGCUGCCUCAUGGCCAAGAAGUGGAAGGCCUACCCGUGGCCGGAUCGCGUGGACGAUCCGCAGGAGGAGGAGGAGAGCGAUCCUUCGAGCAUUCUGCAGGAGAGCCAUGGCAUGCAGCAGACUGCCGCGUCGUUGGAGAAGAGGCAGCACAGGCACGAGCCCGUCGAGGACGAGGAGAUCGACGUGGUCGGGGACACGGACAGCAGGCAGGUCGAUCAUCAGCAGACUUGCUGGGGCCCCCACAGUCCCACCGCUGGUGCCACCGCGCCUAGCCCACCGCCACUCAACGCCUCCGGUGCUCUCUAUUAUCAUGGUUACACGCACGAGUCGUGGAUCAACCACGAGGAGCCGCCGAAGUACGCGACGCUACGCUCGGCCGCGGAGCUGGCCCGACCCGUGGUACCGUCCCCUCCGCCCCCCCAGGAGCUGGCUGCAGUGGUGACCGGGUCCAGCCUGCACCAACCGCACCCAGCCCCAACGACGACCCCGUCGGCCACGUCGUUGAGCCUGCCCCCGAGGAAAAGCCUCUCGAUGUGUUUCACCAGCACGGGGACGGCGCUCUCGUUGCCCCCCAAGAAGAAGGACAUAUACCGGCCCUACAGCCUCCAGCCGACGUCCGAGAUCCGCACGUCGGCCGAGGAGGACCUGUCCGCCGCGCAGGCGAUCCUCGACCUGAGCGCGUCACCGGCUGCGCCCACCCACUCUGUCUUCAUUCACACUUUGUCGCCGCCGCCGCCGCCGCCUCCGCCGCCGCAGACAGCGCCGGCGAACGGCCAGCUGCAGGCUGCACAGCUACAGCCGCCGCCGACCGCUCAGCCCAUCCCCGUGUCCGUGCUCGUGCCGGUGCCCAGCUCGCAGACCAACCAGCUGCGGCAACAGGAGCAAACGCCUCAGCCCCAAUCGCCGGCCACCGCGGAGACGAAUGCGAACAGCUGCACUGGCGGGAGAGAUGGAACCAGCAGCAGCGGAAGCAAGACGGUGGCGUACACGUACGAGGCGUUCUUCGUGUCGGACGGCCGGUCGAAGCGUCGAAGCGCGAACACGAACGGGGCCGCGGUGCCGGACAAGGAGGCAGCGCAGCCGGACAGGCCGAAGUUCACGUGCACGGAGUGCGGCAAGCAAUACGCGACCUCCUCGAACCUGUCCCGGCACAAGCAGACGCACCGAAGCCUCGAUUCCCAAUCGGCGAAGAAGUGCAUCCACUGCGGCAAGGCGUACGUCAGCAUGCCGGCGCUGGCCAUGCACGUGCUCACUCAUAAGCUGGCCCACAGCUGCGGCGUCUGCGGCAAGAUGUUCUCCAGGCCUUGGCUGCUGCAAGGCCACCUGAGAAGUCACACGGGCGAGAAGCCUUACGGGUGCGCGCACUGCGGCAAAGCGUUCGCCGACCGCUCCAACCUCCGCGCCCACAUGCAGACCCAUUCCGCGGACAAGAACUACGAGUGCUCCAGGUGCCACAAGACCUUCGCCCUCAAGUCUUAUCUGAACAAGCACCUCGAGUCCGCCUGUCUACGCGAUGACGAGAUACCGCCGCCGCCGCAGCAGCAGCAGCAACAAGCGGGAGCCACGAACGGUAAUAACAAUAACGCGACGACGCAACACCAGCAGAGCAACAAUCGUAGUUUGUAGCAGCGCUUCGACGACAGCAAGAAGGCUACGACCAGGCGUCUCGACGCCAUGGCGAGGGAGAGCUAGCGGUUGUUCCCGGCGACACCUGGUUAACACCGGGGUAUACACGAACGAGAUCGUCGAUGGGGAUGAAGGGAAGAGGAAAUGGAGAGAGGGAGGAAAAAAGAAAAUAAAGGUUUGCCGUAGGUUUUAAGUAGAAAAGUGCCAGUAGAGAAAAAUGGAGGAUAAUAGAGAGAAGUAACCGAAUGGUAGUGUUGUAGAAGGAGUAAGAGAGAGAGAGAGAAAGAGAGAGAGCGAGAGAGAGAGAGAAAGAAAGGGAGAGAGAAAGAGAGAGAGAGUGGAAAAUGUCGGUUUCUUAAAUAAUGUCUAACAUUGAUAAAAACGUCCAAUAAUGUUAAGUCUUAAAAAAAAAGAAAAAAACGAGCAGAAAGAGAGAGAGAGAGGAAAAAAGAAAAGAAACGAAACGACGAAGGAAAAUAAGAGGGAACGAUAAACGAGAAAGGAAAAGAAAAUAAGAAACGAGAACAAAGAACACGUCGAACGGUGACGUCCACACUGCAGUCUAGUCACUCUAGUCGAUUAUACUUAAUACAUUAUGAUAUUAUAUUAUUAUAUAUUAUAUAUUAUAUUAUAUUAUAUUAUUACAUAUAUAGUAUAUAUUUACUAGCGCGUACGAUUCUAGUCGCGAGCUCGUUACGGAGACACACUAUUUAUUGAUACUUAGCUGCCUAAAUGAGAUAAAGAAAAAUGAAAUUCUUCGAGGAUUAAAAAAUACAAUAAUACACGUAUAUAUAUAUAUGUAUACAAAUUUAAUAUAUAUAUAUAUGUAUACAAGAAAUCACGGGGGAUACCCACAUACACACACACACACACACAUAUACAGAUACACACAUCAUUGAUCGAUGAUCAAGGACGAGAUUUUCGAUUCUUCUUCUAUCUUCACUCCCCCGCGAAAUCGUGUAAUCGGCGUCCUGAUCGAGCAACCUUUUCAGAAACGAUCCAAAGUAUAAGAUUCGUCGUUCGUCGAAACGCACGGUCGUGAUCGGACGACUUCUUCGAUCGACCCUCCCCCAUGUUCCUUUUUCGAUGGCUCCUUCAUUGGGCCGUCAUUACACGCUCGAUCAGAGAGGUGUCGAUCCUCGAUCGAUACUCUCGAUGGAAGCGGCGGUGCAGGCCUGUACGUUUCGUUCGACGACGAGGAAAUCCGCUCGUGUAACGUAUUCUAAUUUUGAUUAAUUCUUGGCGGUCGUUCGAUGGCCAUUUUUAACGAUGGUGGUGGAUAUAUUAUAUUAAAUUGAUCAAACUUUUAUUUGAAGAUAUUAUUGGAUAUCAUGAUACAGCUUAACAAUUAAGAUAAUUGAGAAAAGAGUUUAUCAGAAUUUUAGACGAGUAAAUGUUAAUGUCUGCAAUGUUAAAUUUGAAAUUUGCGAGAGAGUAAAUUUUACGUUCACAUUUACAUGAAAAAGUUCAAAUAUCCGCGAGAGAUAAAUAAUCGAUAAUCCGAAACAGAUCUCUAUUACGUGUCCUUGUCCGCCAUCAUUAUUUCAUCGACACGUUUUAUGUCGUGUAAAAUUUUUUCACCCUCGUGAAUGAUAGCAUUCUCACCUUUUCAAAUAUUUAAUCCCAUCAAUCGCCUCGUUAUUUUUACCUCGCACGGGGAGCGCGAACGUUCUCGUGAAUGAUAAAGAAGGAAGGGAAAUAAAGAGGAAAAAAAGUCAUCGACAGUCAUACGCGGCAUAGAACGUGUUAACGACACGUGGACAUCGACCGAAUCGCCUCGAGGCCGUCGCAAUAUUUUCUCAGCGUCGUUACACGAUCGGUUAUACAUAUGUAUGCGAGCAUCGAAACAAGGUAAAAUUUUCAUCGCGUUCGCACGCGUAUACACGUAUACACCCUCGAUCGAAAGUUUCAGAACAUUUGGCUCGAAAUUGGAAAAAUUAAGUGACUUUUGAACAGAUAUAUCGUUCGAUUCGACUGGAAAGAAAGAAAGAAAAAAAAGAAACAAUUUAAAAUUUACAACGAAAAAUCGCGUGUUUUUAUCGAAAAAUGUUUCGACACUUUUGAACGAGAGCUACAUACACACGAGUAUAUUCAUAAGAAUACACAAACACGACAAGAAACGCGUUACACGUAAUAUUUAGAGCAGAUUCGAGUAAUAGAUGCGUAACAUUGUUAUACACAUAUUUUAUAGAAGCAAUAUAAUGAGUAAGAAAAAAAAAAAAAAGUAAUAAUGACGACGCGUACGGUCAAAAGCAAUGUUUCGACACAACGAAUUAUAUAAUUAUACAUAUAGAGGCGAACAUCGAAGUUUAACGUGAUGGAAUAACGAUGAUUUGCUUCGGCAUAAAAUUUUUUCGAUCGUCUUAACCACGCUCUUCCAUCUUUCGCGAUAUUCGUUCAAAUAUUGGCGCCAAAAUUCUCGCCGGAUUUCGCAAUUCGAAAAAAUUCAUUGUUCCUCCCUUAUUUAAAAUAGAAGCAAUAUUUUUUACCAAGGACAACAUUUAGAAUUGUUUAACGCGAGAAAGAUAUUAAGUUUCUCUGAAUAUUCGAAUAUUUAUCGAUCUCUCGAAACAAAAUGAAACUUGACGGCUAUAAAAUUUUUAAUUUCUACAAUAAAACAAUCCAUAUUAUUUGCAUAAAUGGCAAAAUGGCAAUAAAUCGUAAUAAAUAUCAAAAUUAAUGAAUAUCUAUAUAAGAUAAAAUUAGAAAAAUUGCAAAUCAUUUGCAUAAUAUGUAUCGUACGAUAAACAGUAAUAGUGUUAAAAAUGCUAAAAAUUUUUCACACAUGAGUUUCUUAACUAAAAAAAAAAAAUAAAAUAAAUAAAAAAUAAAAAAAAGUCGACGCAAAUUUUUUAGACAAUUCGACAAAUCGAACGUUUAUCGAUUCGAUCGCGAGAGCAAUUAAUAGUGGCUUCGUGGUUUGCCUUUAUUAGCUUCUAAUAUUUUUCAAACGAAUACAUCGUGUAAUUUAAGCUUCGUGCAACGAGUGGAACACCAAUUCUAGUCUUAAAAUCUUCUUUCUUAAAUAUUGUAUAUUUUAUAUAACGAACAACGACCUCUUUGCUCCGAAAUAUAAGAUAUAGAAUUAGUAUUAUAGAUCGUGUAAAAUUUUGAUUCUAUAAGCAACGCAACGACGACGGUUAUACAUCGAAAUUCGUAAAUAUUUUAUCGUAAAUUUAAAUUCUUUCGAAAAAAAGAAGAAAGAAAAAAAAGAGAUAUUUCGAGACAACGAAAAGGGAGUAACAACGAAAUCCGGUUGAAAAAAAAUUCUCCGCCUCAUUCGACCAACUUUUCCUUCGAAAGCGAGCAACGAUUACAGCGCGCCGAAUUAUUGCCGAGAGAAUAACGAGAAAAAAAAACACGAGAAGAAAAAAGAAAGAAAUAGAAAAGCACGGUUUGAAAGAAAAAGGAACGGAAAUACACGCGAAACAGGAUCGCGAGAGAACAAAAAAAAAAAAGAGAGAAGAGCGUGGAUCAUUGCCAGCUCGGGAAGAGUUGGCGCGACGAUCCAACGAGUCCUUUUAUAAUAAUUAUUGCCGACAAAUAAUUACCGCGUUGCAUGUACAGAGUAGCCGACCUCACCGCCAAAACAGUUUAAAAAAAAAAAAGAAGCAAAAAUGGUAAAAAAAAAAAAAAAAUUAAUAAUAAUCGCGAGAAAAAAAAACGAAAGAAACGAAGCACCGGAGACACAGAGAAACGCAUAACACGCAUACACACAUACACACACACACACACAUAUACAUUCAUGUCUUGUACUAUACUCAUUUUUCAUUUUGCAUAGCAGCUUGAAAGGUCGACGUUGGACUCGUUCUAGGAGAGAUUUUUCCCCAGGGAGAAUCUUUCCUCCAAACGGAUCCAACGAUCGAGCCACGCGAGAAAUCGAUCGAUCCCAAAGGCUUUUCCCUGCCCCUCCCCCCUCUCAUUAUCACAAAUGAUGACGGUUUAUUUCGCGAAUAAUUCCAUAAAAAUUCUGUGUACCGCGUGCAAUGAUCGCGUACUUACGAACGUAGAGCAAUAAAACCCUAAGCAAUACUAAUCAAUUAACGAAUUAACGAGUUAAUUAACGAGAAACGAGUAAAAUGAAAUUAGUAAGUCGGUUCGGGUAGAGAGCAGAAACAUUUUUAAAGAAGAGAAUAAGAUAAAAAGAACAAAAAAAAAAAAAUUAUGAAUUAACAAAGUGCACCGUUUGACGCGUGUUUGUUGAUUUGAUCGAUUGAAAAAAAAAAAAAGAAAGAAAGAAAGAAAGAAAGAAAGAAAGAAAAGGAUGAUAUGCGUGAGAAUAAAUAAAAAAAAUAUAUAUAUAUAAAAUACAAAGAAAUUAAAAAAAAAGGGGAGGGAAAGAGCGCGAACAAAUAGAUUGAUCCGCUUCUUUCCCAUUCCUCCACUUUGCUUUCGAUCAGAGAAUCUUUGACCACCGGCACUAAUCGUCUCUCGGUUUUUAGCCACCGAUUUUCAUUGUUCUUUCUUGAUUACGUAUAAUAUAUUUAUUUUUUGCGAAUUGUUAUCAGUAUUAUUAUUAUUAUUAUUAUUAUUAUUAUUAUUAUUAACGUUUGCUGCAUUAUCGUAUUUAUUAUUGUCAUCGGUAUUUAUUAUAUUUAUUAUUAUUAUUAUUAUUAUUAUUAUUAUCAUUAUUAUUAUUAUUAAUAUCGUGUACUUUAUUUAUCCUUAUAUUAAUUCAUCUUAUUGCGUUCCUCUUGUUAUUGUUGUGCAUGAUCGAUACAGCUAUUAUCACUGGUGAUAAUACUGUUACUAAUAAUAUUCCAUUCUAUCGUCAUCAUUUUUCUAUUAUAAUUAUCGUUUUUUUCCUUUUAUAUAUAUAUGUAUGUAUAUAUGUAUAUAUAUUUAUAUAUACAUACAUACAUAGGGUGGGUUGCUCGCAUCGAAAAAUGGCUUCGAUAGAUGACUUUGAAAAUAAUAAUAAAAAAAAAAUAAAUAAAUAAAUUCUAUAAACACAUAUGAUUUAUUUGGCCUUGUUCUCGAGUUACAGUGAAUUUUAUGAAAUGAUUCUAUCGAAAGAUUCCAUUGCGAAAAAAUUGAAAGAUUUCCAAAAUAACAAAUAACAAUUGGAAAGGAAAAUUGAACAAUCAAUGAUGAAACAUUUUUCAAAUUUCGAAUAUAUCAUUUUCUUCGGAACAUCUCUUGAAUGAAGAUAAGAUGAAAUGUAUUAAAAAAGAAAAAAAUAUUGAUGUAUGUUUACAUGAAUUUUUUAUUUCUUUUUAUUUUAAAUUCAUCCAUCGAAGCGAAACCCUGUAUAUAUUAUAUAUAUAUACAUAUGUAUAUACGUAUACAUAUAUAUUGUUACUGAUUGCUGAUACAACGAUUCGAUACAACGAUCAGUAUCGUUAAAUAGCAUCGCGCAACGAAAAGAAAUUUGUUCAAAAAAGGGAAAACGAGGUACAUGCUAUUUCCAUUUCUUUUUUUCCCCCUUAAGUAUUUUCUCGCGUCCAUUAGUAACAAUAAAAUGCAAUAUGAAAUAUUAUUCCGCUAAGACUAAGUUUUUGUUCACGACAUAAUAUGUCAUUGGUUGACAAUUGAAUUUCUGGUGAUCAUAUAGAACACAGAGUCACGAAUUUUCGGUUUGAUCGAGGCGGAAACUAUACACGACACGUUUAAAGGCUGAUAAUAGCUUAGUUUUGUGAAUUUCAUAUUUUAAAAUUUCAGUAUUUCAGUAUUUCGAAAAAUAUGUAUUUUUAUAUUCGGUUUGUAGAAAGGAAAUAUUUUCCUAAAAAAAAAAGACGUGGAAUUAUAUGCUUUUAGUGAUAAGUUUCAAUUAUUUUUUAUGCAAAGAUAAUUGAUAUGAUCGAAAAAAAAUAGAAGCGAUAACGAUAUUUAUGUUUCGAAUUGAAAGAAAAUAUUCAGAUUGAAAAAUUUGAAAAAUUUUGCAAGUUCAGAAAAUUAAAAAAAAAUUUGAUAUCGAUAUUAUGUUAUAUCUAGUGUGCAUAGAAAUUAAAUAACUUAAGGAUCAACAUUUCUUUAAAUAUAUUAUAUAAGUUCUAAAUAAAUAAUUUAACCAGAUCUAUAAAAUAAGUAUCACUAUGAAAAUAUUAAAAAUAUUACGAAAUUUCCGAACAAUCGACAUUUCCACGAUUUAUAAGAUCUAUAGAUAUCAAGAAAUAAAAAAUUGAAAAUUGUAGAUAAAUAAGUCUUUUUUUUUUAAAUAUUUAAAGCAAAAUGGAAUGAUCUCCAAUUAAAUUGGCCGAUGAUAAUAAAAAAUAAUAUCGAGCGAAUUGGAUGCAAAUAUUCGACUGGACUUCCGAGUUCGUUACUGGAAAUUGCACCGGUUCGUUACGGAAGUCUCACGGACAAUUAAACUAUUUUAAUUGACCAACCAGCGAGACCAUUUCACGUUUGUCGUAACUUCACGGUGUUAUUAACAGCCGAAAGCGAUUCUCGAACUAAUUAAGAGUUCUUUCCACCGUGCCGUGGAAAAUUCAGCCUCUGUUUUCCCUCGGCCUUAUUGCUACUGUCGAGAAAAAUAAUCGUUAAUCUGUCUCUUUUCCUAAAAAGAACCAUUUGUUUUCGACGGAAACAGUUAAUUACUAAAAUGCCAGAAGCAAUAAAUGUAUUUUUUUUCCACUUUGUAAAACGAUUAAAGGUCUUUCUGAUCUGUGAGUCCUUUUUUUCGGUGAAAUAUUUUUUUAAUUAAUCAUUAUACAUACCUAACAUACAGACAUUUCUAUAUAAUAAUUAUUUUAAAAUAAAGAAAUCUACUUCUUUUAAAUUAUUUAAAAAAUAUAUUUAAAAAAUUUCGAAUUGAGGUUUUGUUUUACUUAUAUUCGUUAUAAGCUUGGAAUGGGCUUAAAGAAUUUUGUUUUAGCAGAAAUUAAAUUCUGUAUAUUAUUAUUUUUGUAGCAUUGUAGCUGUCCUAUUUUAUUCGCAUUAUUUAUUUUUCACUUUCAUCCUUGAUGCUUCCACGGCAGAGUGAGUCAGAUAAUGUUGGCCAAUUCUCAGAAAUUCAUGGAUCAUAUAUCUAGUCUUAAGCUGUUAUGAUACAUAACUUGCUGUUGCAAGGACGAUUCGAACUUAUAACGAAUAAACAUCAUGGAUUCAGAUAUUACCUUUAGUUAUAUUAGAAUAUUUAAUUUUUAAAAAUUAAAUUACUUUUUUUAAAAAUGUUCUCUAAAUUAUUAUAGCAAAAUUUACGAAGAAAAAGUUAACUAAUUACUGAUCGAGAAUCUUACAAUUCUUGAAAAAGCUUCCGCUUCGAUGCAAAACCUCGAAUUCCUUACUUUUCACGAUGUACAUCACGAAAUCAAAAAUAACGCCUAAUGAUCGAACAAUACGUUUCAGUAAUAGUUUUAAAGAUCAUAGCUUGCAACAGUAUUUUUCAUAUCGAAUUAAUUUAAAGAACAAAGAAACACCUUUGUCACACAUCUGUGUCGCGCAUCGAUAUUCAAUUAUUUUCGAACGAAAAUACGAUUUAACAAUAAAAAUGUAAAAAAUAGAUUUGACGAGUUUAGAUUUAAAAUAGAAGUUGUUAGAAAUGAAAAUACUGUUCUGGCCAAAAUAAUAGUUUUCCUCGUGAGUCAAUAUCUUCGUUUUAUUUUGUUUAAAAAGACUCGUCUUGCCCAAAGUGAAACAAAAAAGAAAAAGUGCGCAUAACUCAUAAAUAAUAUAUUCUGUACAUAAAUACGUACGUAUAUAUCUAUACAUUGCGUAAAUAUUUAGUGCAUAUAUAAAAAUUUCCUAAACUACGUUUUAAAAAAAUAACAUUUACGCAAGAAAACACAACUAUAUACUUAAUUAGAUAAUUCUAUCAUAUAACUCUGUAACUCGUAAUUAGUCUAAUCUUCCUCUAAUUAAAAGCGAAAUAUUCUUCACUUAUCUCUACUCGCUUUUGAUACUUGCUCGAUUGAACAGCACCAUGUUUGUUCGCUGGAACAGCAAUAGUUCAGUUCAUUUGGAAAUUUUGAAAAUACAAUAUAUUUACUAUCGAUUAUAUAUUAUUAAAAAAUAUUAGUUACAUAUAGGAAAAGAUAAUAAUAAUAAUAAUACGAUCAUAAUAUUAUUAUGAAUUUUGAAUCUUUAUAAAUAUCAUACGUAUAAUAAGACGAUGGAAGAAUAUAAUUUCUUCCAUUUUUUCUAUCGUAUAUUUAAUUAAUUUUAUCACUCGUAUCAUUUCUUUAUUAAAUAUUAAAACGUUAUAUUUCUAUUAAUAUAAUAUUUUCCACGAAUAGAAUUUAUCAUCUCUCAAAAUCGACGGAUUGAAGAUGAGUCCGUCAUAACUAUUGCUGCUUCCAGCUUUCUUCUGUCCGUGUCUCCUCGACUGGCCGUGUUAUUUCUUCUGCUCCUAUCUCAAAUGUCUGUGCACUUUGCGAAUUUCUAUCUAAGGCUGAAAUCUUUGCCGUGUCUAUUUCCUAUCUCCCUCGAGUGACGAUUUUCUCGAUUAAUAACCAACGAGAACUUCAAUUACAUUCGUCUGACUUUCUAGGUGAAUCAAAAAAACUUCUAAAUGAAGUAUUCAGAUAAUCGAUAUAUAUUGUUAACAUUUCAAGAUUUUCGACAUCCUAAAAAUAAUCAAUAUAUAUUGUUAAUAUAUUAUCAUUGAACUUUUACAAGAACAUCGUACGUAAAACUGAUCAAUAUACACAUUCGAUUUAUGCAUAUUGUUAAUAUAAUAUUGAUAAUAUUAAUAAAUAUUUAUACUUGAAUAUUGAAUAUUGAGAGUCGAAUAUUGAGAAUUUUGAAAUAUUAAAAUAUAAUUAAUCGUCUGAAUGCUCUUUAACUAUAAGCACGUCGUAUCGUUCAUAAUUUCUUGUCUCGACUAUUAUUGUUUAUAUCAUUAUUAAUUUUAACAAUCAGCAAACAUUUUUACGAAGGAUAAAUUGAGUAUUCCACGUGAAUAAAUAUUAUGUUUUAUAAGUAAUUUCAGUAAAUUAUUAAUUUCGAAAGUUCACGUGCACUAUCGGAUUAAAUAAUGAUAAAUAACUUCCUUACGAUUGCAUGAUCAUGCAACAAGCUCGGUAAUUAAAUUUAAUUCGUUCAUCUAACGAUUCUCCAUAACUGCAAACGAUCUAUAUAACCAAUUCUAAUCGAUUUCGAUUUUCUCAUUUCCUUUAUUAUACAUAUUUUAUUUAUGACUCUGAUUUAUAGAGGAAAGUUAUAGAAAAAAAAAAUUCAACAACAAUUCUACAAUAUUAUAACAAUUAAAUUUAAUUGGAAACGCUAUUAUACAUUUGAAACGAUUUCGACGAGCUUCCUCGUUUUCUACAUCGUAAUUUAUUCUGAUUUUCCUUCGAGUUUCCAAAAUACAAGACCAAUCAAGAACUCCUUUAAGAUGUCUAUCGAACGAAUAUCUCGAAUAUAUUCAACCAAAGACUAGGAGAAUACUUCGCACGGUUAUUACCAAUUCUUAGAAACUUUGAACUUCAAAAGCUUUCACGCAAUCUCUCCUCUGACUCAUGGCUACGAAACUAUAUCUCGAUCUUUGCUGUAUAGUAAUAGUAAUGGUCGAACGAACAGUGUCGAUGAAAGCAGGUGGAACACAAGUUAACAUUAAGUGAAUCUUGUCUUGUUAGACUGACGCGAAAUAAGCAACGCGAACACAUUGUGGGAACACAUUUCGUCGCUCGUUUUACUCGUAUAGUUUACGGUAUCGUACCAAGAGAGAACGAGGGAGGAGGAUCGAAUGAGAGCAAGAAAUUGCGAUUGCAAUGCUAGUGAAUACCAUUUCUGCUACGUUUCAAGAACGAAACCCUCGUAUCCGAGAUAGUAUCGUUCGUAUUAUAUAGAGUGACGCGUUACGGUUGUCAAAAAAAUUUUAUUUAUUAAUAAUAUAUCAGAGAGUAACAUGAACGACAACAUGGACGCGUCGCGUUUUGUAAUCCUUCCAAUAAGAGCCUUGACAAUUUUUUAACUAUUCGUUAGUUGCCUUAGUAUAAGCAAAGAAAAAUGAAAAAAAAAAAGAAAAUGAGGGAGAAAAGGAAAUUAGAUGGAGAGGGAAACGGAGAAGAAAGGUGAACGAAUGCUCCCCCGGCCCCAAUUUCAUGUGAUCCCCGCACACGAUUAUAUUGUAGUUGGUGCCGGUGUUUCUCUAACUGCAAUACGUGAUAAUUUCAGUUGAACGAAUAUUUAUUUCCCAUUUGGAAAAGUAGUGUAGAUAGUUCAAAAUAUAUAAAGUUGAGAGGGAGAAAUAUGUAUUAUUACAAUAUAUGACCAUCUGGCAGACCAUUUUUAUUGCAAUACCAAUACGUUCCAAAACGAAUCGGAUACUCAUAUACACGCGCGACCCUAUCGGUUGCAGUACGAGUGAGCCAAUGAUGUUCCUGGUUCGAACCGCGCCCAUGGCUCGUUCAGUGAACGUAACUUUGUAUGUAUAUUUGUAGAACAGAGAAUACGAAUCGAACGCCUGAAUCUUCAAAUGAACAUUAAACGCGCGUCCUUUAUCUAAUAUAAUAUAAUAAUAUACACGCAAUAUAGGGAUAGUUGAUAACAUAGUGUACACAGUUAUGAUAUAUAUAUAAUAUAUUAUUAUACAUAAUAUAUUUUAUAUAUUCCGAUGAAACAUAAACGGUAAAUUUAUGUAAGGGAACUGUAGCUUUCGCCAACGUGACUUUCGUGUAAGACAUGGACUUACUACCUUGAACCACGCAUAAGAAACACCAAUCCCUUCCAUACAUCUCGACAGAUAUAUUCGUAUUAUAUAUAGGAAUCGAGAAUGCAACCUCGUUUUGCAGCAGAUUCGAGGAGGCCGAGUACCUUAGACUCCGUCGAUGAUAAUAAAAUGCGCUUAAUAGCACGAUGUCACUUAGAGAACGAUGUGUUCAGGAUCUAGUUCUAGCAUUAAGUACGCAUGUACACAACAAAGUAGCUACCGUAAACGUGUUUCUUACGAUCAAUUCAUACCUUCUCGACAAAUUUUAUUUUUGCCGGAUAUCGUUCGCGCUUGCGUUUUCGAUUUGUUUUCACUUUCGUUAUUAUACCGAUUAUUCUCGAAUCGAAGAUGUACGCAAAGAAAGAAACAUAUUCGAAAAUAUUUAUCAUUGAAGACGAUAAUGAAUUAUUAAAUUGAAUUAUUGAAUAAAUUUUUUAAACUUACCAAUAUUGAUGGUAAUGGUGACAUGAAGGUCCUGUUGCAAAAUGGCCGAUAAACUAAUUUUUCUGCAAGUAGAAAUUUAAUCAAUAUAUUAAUGAUAUUAUAAAUAUAAAAAAUAUGUUUUAAAAAGUAAAAUUAUACGAUUAUAAAUGAUAUUUAUCAUAUGAUGAUUAUGUAAGAUUUAUUUUCUUUCAUGAAUAAUAUUUCACAAAGUAAAUUAAAGAACAUGUAUCGAAGUAGACAAAUAAUAUACAUAUAUAUGACAGAAUGUAUCAGGAAAUAUAAAUAAAAAAUGUAAAUAUAUUUAUUUCUUAUCGAGAUCGUGAUACAUCAUUAUUUAUGAUACGUAAUUAUUUUAAUGAUAUUUGAAUAUGUUUCACGUGAAUAAUCGAUUACAACAAAUUCGCCAAUAAAAUAAGAAUAGUUUCUUUCCCGCCAUUAUCAACAGAAAUACAGUGCAACCAGUAGUUUAAACAUCAAUCAUUGUAAUAAAUUAUCGUAAACUUACCUAAAAAGUCAACAUGCGUGCAUUUUCGAUGAUAUUGUAGAUAUUAAUAACACAAAAUUUAACACCAUUGUUAUAAUAUAAAAAAAAUCAAUCUCGUUACAACAAACCGCCAAAGAUUAUUCGGCUUAGUUCCUUAUUCAUCGCGCCACCUGCAAACCGUCGAGGACUAUAAAGUUAUAUAGAUUACGCACGUAUGCAUAAGUUUGAAUAUCGAAGCGCGAUCGUGCAACGGCAUCUUUUUUUCUCUUUUGAAAAGUCGAAGAAAUAGAAAAAUACAAAAAGCCCGGAACACGAAAAAACGAAGUAAAAAAUAAAGAUAAAGAAAGAAAGAAACGAUUCUAUUUUAUAUUUAAAAAAAUGAAAUAUGAAAAAUAAUUUCAUUAAAUUUUUUAAAAAUACGACGAAUGAGAACAGUUGCGUAAUAAAUCCGAUCGCUCACGCACAUUUUUGAUGCAUAAAAAUAAUAUAUUAUAUACACUAUAUACAUUCAUAGUAUAUGCACAUAUGCAUUAGCGAAUUAACAAAACUCGCCUAAUUAUUGUCUAUUAUGGAUUAAUUAUAUUAUUAUUUAUUUUUUUGUUAUCGAUUUUUUCAUUCGAUUGCAUAUGUUUUUCUUUAGUUUCUCUUUCUCCGCGUUCUAUAGUGUAAAUAAGAACCGUAUAGGGACGAUGUAACGAUGUAAAAGAAUUAGUAAAGUAAAAUAGUAGCAGUAUCAAAGGUGAAACUUUAAAGCAUAUAGUAUAUAUUAGAGUCUCAUGAGACGAGAUACACUAUAAAAUAAGUAAUGUUAUACUGGCGAGAACUGGGUUCCCAGUUGGGCCAAUAUUCGAUAAAUAUCGGCGUGAAGGAUCUAGUUAUUUUUUCUUUAUCUUUUUAGUUCGUUCGUGAUCGCGUGAUGAUCGUUGCUUUUCUCAGGAGAUGAAAGCCUGUCUCGACGUGACAUUGCUCGGAUUCGUUGGUUGAGAGAACCAAGUAAUUAAUUUAAUUUUCUUCGUAUAAACGUGUGUAAUAAAACCAUUUGUACAUAUGUACUUACUUUCAUAUGUUUUCCCAGUUUCUUGGAAUAUUUUAACAAAAUUUUAAAAGUUGUGAAUCAUUUGAAUACUAUAUUUUAAACAGAAAAUUGUUACACAUGUAAAAAUUCAAUUCAUAGUAAUAAUUAUGAACAUGAUUAACGAUGUACGCAUAUAUAUAUAUAUAAAUACAUGUACAUAAAUAUCAAAUAUGAUCGUUUAAUGUGUAAUGUACAUCAAUAGUAAUUUCAAUCGUAGUCUUGUUAAUACAGAAUAUAAUAUGUUUUUUAUUAAUUUGAUAAAGAUUAUUAAGUUGAUAUAUUAUUUUUAGAAAAAUUUAAAAAUAAUUUAACCAGUAUUGAAAUAUUUCUUUUUAUUUGACUGAAACUGGGAUAACAACAUAUGAAUUUCACGCAUAAUCCUUAAAUACUGAUUGCAUCCAGUGACCUACAUUCCAGUAGAUUCCUAACCUAAUAUUGCAAAUAAAUGACAUAAUGCAAAGGUAACGUAUAUAAAAUCGAUAUAUUCUUGCAUUUUCACACAAAUAUUGAGAAUAAAUUUCGAAUUGUAGGUUUGAAUGUUAUACUUGAUCAUAAGCUUAAAUUUGAAAUUGGCGAUCGCUUUAAUGUCGAGAUCAAAGGAUCGUAGAUAGUUGGAUGCAACGAAAUAUUGGGUUGGAAAAUCUUAAUGAAGGGAACCUGAUGGGUAAUCAAAUUUAUUAAAAACUUCACAAGGAACAUCUAAAGUAUUUUUGUUAUAAUUUUAUAAAUUUUUGUUAAAAAUAAUUUAUGUUCUGUUUAGAAAGGAUAUAUAAUUGAAAAAGAUGAUUAAGAAUAUUGGAAGAGAAAAAAAUUUAAUUGAAUUUAUAUCUAAAAAUGAUGAUUCAGCUGUUCGUAAAAACUGCAUGGUGGACAUCAAUUUCGUGAAUUAUCGCGUGCAAAUCUUUCAUUUACAUAAACGUGUUGAAAAAAUAAGAAAGAUUGCACGCAACUUUACAGCAAUAACGCUCAAGCACGAGAUUAAAUGGCUACUUGUGUAACCACAUUUAUGUCGUCGAUGUUUAAUGUUUGUGGAACAAGAAAAUUAGUAAAAAAAAAAAAUUAUGUAUUAAAUGUUCAAUUAUACUUGGUGUAAUAUUCAAUAAGAAAAUAAGAAAACAUGUCAAUAAUAUUAUUAUAUGGAACGUAAACGCUAUGUUUUUUAAAUUAAAACGACUGGACCACUCGGACGAUCGUCGAAGCGGUAGUAAACGGUGUUGUUCCUGGCGCUUCGACGCGAGCUCAAAGAUGAAAACGUGAUACAUUAAUUUCGCUGAUAAAUUAACGAUUCGGCUCAUGUCUGAUAGUAGAACUAGUCAUACGUACUCCAGUCAAGACAAAAGCAAUACUCGAAUAUAGAAUAAUUUUUCAUAUGUAAUGUCCAUGAGUAUGUACAAAUAUUUGAACACCUUUAUGUAUGAAAACUUCGAUAAUUGACCAUAUUCGAUGACAAGAUUACACGUUGCGAGUGAAGUUUAUAACUCAAUAAAUGCUCAAAACUCAUGAAUAUCAAAUAUGUAAAAGAAAAAAAAAAUUAUUGAUCGAUAUCUAGAAAAGAAAUAACAUAAUCUUCUUUAGAUUGAUUUAACGAAAAAUUAUGUAUAUACAUAAAAUGACCCUUAAUGUGAGAAAAAAUUUUAUGUAUUGAAAAAUACAUUUUGAAUAAAGGAGAAAUUUAAAUGUAUAUACAGUUCAUUCCACAAUGAAUGGAAUGAAAUGCUCAAUGGCAAUUAAAAAGAAUAUGAGAAUUUGAGCAUCUUGUUGAGUCAUUGUCACAAAAUUAUCUACUUAAGCAAUAACACAUUACCCCACGUAAUAAUCAUUUAAAAAAAUGACUCCAGGUUCCCAUGAAACUUGUUCUAUGCAUGGCAUAACCUGAUAAUAAAAGGCCAACUAUAAAAUGCGCGCGAUCAAUCGAUCAGGAUUGCUCAAGAACUAGAAACGAGUCAAUAACGAGUCAAUAAAUUCGUAAGUCUCGUUAGUUUAAUUAGACAUUAUAGCAAGCUAACCAUUUAUAUAGCAGUGAUAUUAAGUACAAAUAAAAAAAAAAAAGGAAGAACGAAAAUAAAAAAAAAAUUGUAAAAUUUCGUAGACAACAAAUGCAACUAUGUUAGUCGAAUGUCAUUUUCUUCGCUCUUCGAUGUUCGCGCGCAUUUUCGAUCGAUAAAAAGAAUCGGAUAAAAAAGUGAUCGUCAAAGAUAUCACGUCGAUUAUUAAGAACAAAGUAUUUUAUAUUAUACCAUUGCACGAAGAGUUCAAUUUAGUAGGAAUCUACUGAUGAUCACUUUUUUCGUACUUCUCGUAUUACACGAAAUUUCUCUCUAUGACUCUCACUGUUCACUGUACUUUCUACUUCGUCUGCGACCUAUAUGCGUACGAGAAACAUCUCGGUUGCAAAAUCUGCAAAGCGUUCGCAAUUAAUAAUUAAACUUUAACAAACAUAUAUGUACACACGUAGGCGCAUUGAGUGUAAUGACACUAGUGUUUUGUGGACGUAGAAAUUUUGUUAUAAUUUAUUUCUUAUAUGGAUGGUAAAAGUAUUGAAACUGGAAGAAAGUUUUUUUGUUCUUUAUUUAUCGAAAAAAAGAUUGAAUUUUUCGAUUUUAUUUUGACUUGAAUUGAAUUUUAUUUAUUUAUUUUUUUCAUUUAUUUUAUUUCAUCAAGAUGAGGAAUAAACAUUUGGAUCAAGUUUUUAAUUGGAAUACGAAUGCUCUGUAAAGUAAGUACGAAUUACUACGUCCGGAAACAGGUGCGAAAAUGUAACAGCAGCCUCUCGCUCGAAAUUCUUCUAUCUAUCGUUAUAUCUUUUCCUAUUUCUACUUCUACUUUCCGUUUUCAUAUAGCUCUAUUCUCUUCUACCAACUAACGUAUUAUUGUAUUACAUCCUCUCAAAACGUGAAAUAUCUCCUAUUUAUUACCAUAUCAAAGCGACUAUGUAAAGACUUGGUAGAAGUUAAGAGACACGUAAUUGUUCUCAUAUUUCCUUCAACCUGCUUUCAAUUCCUUCUGUCACUGUCUCGAUACCUUUUUAUAUAUUGUCAAAAGAAUUCCGUUAACGAAGAUGAUUCGAUCGAUUCUUCGUUAAGAUGAUAGGCGUGAAUUUUGAUUCGAUUUCGUAAUGUUUUUUAGCUUUUAAGAAACGAUUGUCUAAACACAAAUGUCUGUUUUUAAAGCUGCAAGCUUUUCUUAUCGAAAAAAAGGAGCCUUUUAAGGUUGAUAAACAAAUUUGUUGUUUUGGAAUAGUAUAUGAGCGAGAGAAAGAGAGAAAGAGCGAGCGUAAGAAGAGUGAAACGAGAGAGAGAGAGAAAGAGAAAGAGAGAAAGGGAGAGAAAAUGAGAAAGAAUGAGGAAAGAGAGAAAGAGAGGGAGAGAAAGAGCAAGAGAAAGAGGAGAACGAAGAAAAAAGUGCCUAUAUACAUCAGUAAAAUUAUUCAUUAGCGUGUAUUUAUGCGUUUCAACGAGUACGGACAGUGUCAAUUACAGGUUUGAAAAAAAAAAAAGCAAACAAGAUACAUACGUGAUGAAAACGAAAGAUAUGAGCAAGAAAUACGACGAAGCAAUAUCGAGCGAUGAUCCGAGAUUACAAACGCUUGCGAGUACCAAUUAUUAACAACGACUACGACGAUGACGAUAAUGAUUGCGAACUAUGAUUACUAUUUAUUGUUAUUAUUGAUUGCGAACCUAAAUUAAUGAGCUAAUCGCCGUGGGGUGUCGCUCGGGUUUCAUUAGGAUGCGUAGAUGGCGUUUCAAGACAAAUGUUUUUUUGCGAUCAAUGUCGAGAUAAAUACGAAAGACAAUGAAACAAACAGUUAGAAAACUAAAAUUAUACCGUGGAAAGCAAUUUAACGUAUUAACAUUUAUCGUGUAUAUUAUCAUUUGGAAGUUUGCUUGAAAAUUACGUUUUUUUACGUCUGAAAAAAAAAAAAAACAUCGUUAUUUCAUUCGAAAAAUCGUGCUUCCAAAGCAUCGCCGUGUAUCCUUAUGAGCUCGUACGCCGCAAACCACGGUGUUAGGGACGGAUGUGAUAUAAGGUGAACCUUAAUCUUACCUAUAACGCAUAUAGAUAUUGAUAUUGUAUGCAUUGUGAUAGUAUCCUCGAGGAAAAAAAAAAGAGAACAACACACACCAAUCUAAAAAAACAACAGCAACAGAAAAGAACAAACCGCCUAAAAAAAAAAAAAAAAAUAAUCCCUGCCUCCUCUAAAGUGCGACUGAUAUUUACAGGAUAUUGUUCCAAUUGGAUGCUCCCAAGGAAGCCGGGGUAUUCAAAAGCAAUAACUUCGUAGGCGGUCGCGGAUCCUCGAUGAGGUACCUUUGCGACCGAUUAAUAUAAAUAAUAAUAACGGCGCAGAAAAAAAAAUAAUAAAUAAAUAGGCCGAGUGAAUUUUUAACCUUAAUAAUUUUAAUUGUAAUGAUGACUUAGUGGCGCAGGAUCACACACAAGGACGUACAAGUCUGGAUCACACUCGGAACACGUGUACACACACAUAUACACAUUUACACAAAUGUAGUGAAUAAUUAUUUGCUACUCGUUACGAUAAUAAGCUAAUCGAGAAAAUAAGAGAGAAUAAUUUAGCGAGGAUGAAAAUUGAGAGAGAAAGAGAGAGAGAGAGAGAGAGAAAGAGGAAAACGGACGCGUGAAAGAGGAGCAAGAAAUGGUAGAAAUAGUGUAGUGAACAUUUAUACACGAGCGCCUAAGCACGUGCGCACCCAUCCACAUAGCCACGUACAUACAGUGACACACACUAUACAGUGAGCCUAAUAAACGAUUUAGUAAGAGUUAUUAUUAUAAUUAAAAGAAAGAAAAAGAAAAAAAAAAGAAAAAAAAAGAAAGAAAGAAAGAAAGAAAAGACGAGGAGACUAGCGAUGGCUUUUAUAAGAUGAAGUAAUAAGACGCAGCGCAACAAACGCGCAUCACUGGUUACAUUGAUAUACAUAAAUCUAUUAUAUAUAUAUAAAUAUAUAUAUAUUAUAUACAUAAAAAAAUAUUAUAUAUAUAUUAUAGUAUUCGAACUUUAGUUCGAAGAAAAUAGCAACGGUACGACGAGUGAGUAGGGAGCGCAAAAAUAAUACUAAAGUUCUGUCGUAAAGAUCGAAGAAAAAGUGAGCGUGUGUGAAUGAAUGAAUGAAUGAAUGUGUGCGUGCGUGCGCGUGUGCGUGAGAGAGAGAGAGGGAAAUAUGGAGUGAACGUAGUAAAAAAGAAGAGAAAAGAAAAGAAUAAUAAUAACGGAAAGAACGAAGGAGUAGAGAAGUAAAUGGAAAAAAGAAAAAGAAAAAAAAAAUAAUUGCGCAGGUAUCCAUAUUUUAUAGCUUUUACGUAAGAAAUUAAAACCGUACACACGCAGAACGCGAAGUUAACUAUAUAUAUUUAUAUAGAUACGUUGACACGGUAUUACCGAUGAAAUUAUUAUCGAAUUACUGAUAGGGUUGGCGUUAUACACGAUGAUUUAUCGCUUCGAUGAUUACGCGUCGUUCGCGUUAUUCGAACUAAAUCCACGAGGACGUGAAUCCACGAGAUAUGUACGAGGAAGAAAAAAAGAAAAAAUACGAAAACCACUGUUAUUUAACGCGUACAUAAUAUGUACAUGGCGAUUUACUUUUACCAUAGCUAAGCUACUGUCAUCACUAUCGUUCUUUACAACUAGUUUUAUUUCGACUCCAUUAUUAUUCCCGUUAUCGACGAUGUUAUUAUUUAUUACCAUUUAUCGUAAAUGUCAACGAUUGAACGACGACGAAGAGAUUACCAGUUACAUUAUAUCUAUUAACGGAAAAAAAAAAAUAAUAAUAAUAAUAAUUAUACCUUGCAUGACUACGUAGGGCUAUACUGCCGCCGAAGCAAUACAAAGAGCAAUAUAGAGUUAAAAAAAAAAAAAGGUAAUUAACAAGAAUUAAAGGUAAACUAAAGGUAAACGAUAUUAAUAGCCGCGGAGAAAAAAUGCCGUAGGUAUAUUAUACAUUAAAGACUCGACACUUAACACUUGAUCAACACUAUAUAAACACACACACACACACACACACACACAUAUAUAUAUAAUAUAUAUAAUACGUACAUAUAUACCAUUACAGAGAACACGUAUAAAUACAAAUACAUACAGAAGAUUACACGUACACAUACAGAACAACACGCCACCAGGUGGAUACACUAUGUAUGGUCAUUAAUUUAUUCUGACCGUAGUGCUAAUUGUACUUAGCAUUUACGUAGAUGACACUAAUUGCCUAGGUCGACCAGCUCGUCCGGGGUUCCUGUUGCCGUGCGCGUUACACCCUCCUCCGAUCAACUCCCCUCCCCUCCCCUCCCCUCACCUUCCACCGGUUUAUUUCCUUCCCGCGACGAGGAAGCCAUGAUGUCGUCGUCGCGGUGUAAUUUCCUACCGCGUGAUGCCGCCGAACGGCAAGGGCGAGAACCCUGGUCGAUCAAAUUUCGCCUAAUAAUGAAAUAACAAAAGAAAAAAAAAACGGUAGUGAUAUAGAGAUUAUUCGUAGAAACGCUAAUGUAUUUCACUCGGUGCCUGUGACAGCUAAGCUCGCUAUCUGUUCAAGAACGAGAUGAUUGACAAUACAUUGUUGGAUGGAGAGCAACGUAUUCGAACCUGUUCACCUUCCGUUUCGAUCGAAAUAUCUUAUUUCGAUUCGUAUUAAUUUCGAGAAGAAAUUUAGUCCGGUUGAAGUGUAAAAAUUAUCGUUGAAAAAUAUUUUCUUUUUUUUUUUUCUUUUUUACAAACGAUUCACAUUCCAAUUUUUCUUUUAAUUUUUCUUAUUCUCGCUCCACCGUAUCGGAAUAUUUCCAGUUUGUUUCUCAGGAUCGACAACACGUUCGAUCGACUACGAUAAGGCUGUUCACGGGUACCACCUGGAACACGUAGUAUUAGCAUGGUGUGAAAACGAUAGUGACGCUAGAUGAAUUAGCUUUAAGCUUCUUUCUCGCUAAGAGGGAAUCUAUUAUUAUAAUAACGAUAUUUACAUACAUUUGUAUUAUUUGUAAACUAGCGCUAAUACAAAACUCCAAUUUGUGCAUCGACACGCGAAACAAGAAGAGAGCCCCGUUUCCCUGAAACCCUUAUUCCUGAACCCACGAAGCCCAGACGAACGAGUCAAACGAAAUCGAAGAAAAAAGAAAAAAGAAAAAAAAAAGAAAAAAAAAAAAAGAAAAAAACGGAAAAAAAAGAAGGAAAUGGAAAAUAAACUCCCGCCCUUGUUCCUGUUCCGCUCGUUCGAACGGACAACCGUUUUCUAAUGAAAUGUGAAAAAAAAAAAAUGAAGAAUCAUUAAAAAGAACACCAGAAUACUUUCGUUUCUCCGUUCCAGUUUGUAAUUUUUCGCUCUGUAACGUCUCUCGUCUAUUAUAUGUAUCUUCUCUCUCUGUAAUAUCGGGCCUUUUCCUCCAAACGAAGUAAAAUAAAAUAAAAAAAAAAAAAAAAGAUGAAGGGAAAAAUGUGAAAAAAAAGAGAAAAAUAAAUGACGAAGAUGAAGAAGAACACGGAAUAAGAGAACACGAACUUUACCUAUCCUGACAUGCUUCUCAUAGUGUUGGAUGGUAACGUUACAAGACAAAAGGGAAUAAAACGUUAAUUGAGCAUUGUUAUCUAUGUAAUACAACAUAGGAUGUUUUGUAUUAUAUUUUCAUAAUAAAUAGACACGUAGAAAAAGACGUAUUAACCAUA